AUGCCUUAUCCUAGCGCGAUCCUGUUCCGACGAGCGAGCGUCAUCGACGGCGAGGAAGAGGGAAAUUCCCGUUUUAAGGCGGAUGUAUUCAUCAAAGACGGCAUCAUCAGUGCAAUAACUCAUAUAACCACGGAAACGCCCGAAGUGGACCUCCGAGGUCAGGAUAGUUCUGGAGACGAUGCGAUUCUCGAUGUGGAUGCAAGUUCUCUUGUUCUAUGCCCUGGUUUCAUCGACAUGCACGCGCAUUCCGACUUGCACCUCCUCACCCACCCAUCGCACGUCCCAAAACUCAGUCAGGGUAUCACAACUGAGGUCGUCGGGCAAGACGGAAUCUCUUAUGCACCUCUCAGUGCUCUGGAAUGUGAAGACGCACAGCAGGAUUCAUGGGCGCUGGAGUACGUGCGUCGACAGAUUGCCGGAUGGAAUGGCAACCCAGACACCGCGCCGGCGCAUUGGAAUGCUGAGCCGGGAACGACCCUAUUCUCGUGGCGUUCCGUGAGGGAGUAUCUCGAUACUCUCGACCGCCAUAUCCCUCCCACGAAUGUCGCGUUCCUCGUCCCUCAGGGAAACCUUCGUCUCCUCACCGUGGGCGCAGAUCCUGGUCAAGCGAGUGCAGUCGGAAUGAGCAGUGGGCUCACGUACGUCCCCGGGAUGUAUGCGGACGAGAAUGAGCUGGCGGCGCUCUGUCACGUUCUGUCGGAUGCAAGCUCUAACAAGGCUUCAAAUUCAUUGGGAGCUUUCACGCCUUUCUAUGCUCCUCACCACCGGUCAUACGGUCUUAAUGUUCUAGGCGCGUACGAGGAGAUGUUGAGGAUUGGACUGCACAUGGGAUGCCCAAUCCAUCUCACUCAUGCUACGCUCAACUUUCCACCUAACUCUGGGAUCGCUCCCUCGUUUCUUGAGUUGGUAGCACGAUACGAAGAGAAAGGCGUGGAUGUAUCGCUAGACACGUAUCCAUACCUUCCCGGAUCCACGACGCUCGCGGCGAUGCUUCCCAGUUGGGCACUCGCUGGUGGUCCAGAGCCAACGCUUCUCCGACUGCAAGGCGUUGCACCAGAGCAGGAAGUCGUUCGUCAUGGGGCUACCCAGCGACUCUCUGGAUUGCAAAUCUUGGAUUGUAUUCGAGAGGAUGUCUGCGAACGGGGGAGCGAUGGAUGCCACGGCUUCACUGUCGACUGGAGCACCAUUGGCAUUGCUGGACUCGGAACGACCCAAGGACAAAAUAAUGCACUUUUAUCUACCUUGAUCGGAAAACGCAUUUCGGAGGCAGCGUCCGGAAUGGAUGAAGCACAUUCUACUCUGCGGGAUCCGUUCCACCUGUUUGUGUACAUUCUUGUCGAGGAUUUGCUUGCAACGACCAUCUUGCAGCAUGUUGGCAACGAGGACAACGUCCGGCAGAUCAUGCGCCAUCAUCGACAUAUGAUGGGUACGGAUGCUAUCUUGACGCCCAAGAAGCCUCAUCCUCGCGCGUGGGGAUCCACUGGACGAUACCUCGGGUGGUAUGGACGAGACAUCUUCUCUACGUCGCCUUCAAAUGGACCGGAUGGAGCACCAGAAAUCCCAGUGGCGGACCGGUACCCUGCGCCAUUUAGGCGUGAAGCGACACUGGAGGACGUGAUCCCGCAUCUUACAUCCCGGCCCGCUCGACGGCUAGGACUCGUCUUCGACCCGGUCAGCUACCGUGGGGAUACUCCGCGACCACGCGUCCCACGAGGGCUGAUCAAGGUUGGGUAUGCAGCUGACAUUGUUCUCUUCCAUCCGGAUACCAUCAGGGAUAGGGCGACAUUCGCAAAUCCCAGUGUUCCCUGUGCUGGGAUAGAAUGGGUCCUGGUCAAUGGCAAGGUCGCGGUGGAUCGUGGAAGAGUGACGGGUGUCAGAGGUGGACGCACCAUUCGGAGAGACUGCGAGACUGGCCUCGUCUGGUGA